AUGGACAUCCCGGUGCUGGUGCCCUCGGCGGGCGCGGGGGGCGCGUCCUCGCACCGCUGCCAGUGCUUCCAGUGCUCCUGGCAGUUCUGCGAGAUCUGCCGCUCUCCGUGGCACCCCGGCUCGUCCUGCUUCGACGACGAGAGCAGGGUCGUACGCAUGGCGAGGCGCCGGCCGCCGCUGACGGAGGAGCUCGCGGAGGCGGCCGCCAAGGUCGUCGAGGAGGCGCGGAGCAGGGAGGAGCAGAAGGCGCGCGAGUUGGAAGAGAUGCUCAGGCGCGGGGGUCAGCGCGCGAACUUCGAGGCAUUCCGCCGCAUCUUCGCCAGUGCCCACACGGAGCACGUCACGCGGAGCCUGCUCAGCGUGUUCGGAAACGGCGUCACGCUGAGGCCGGCCCCCGUUGCUCCCACCGUGCAAAGACAGUUCAUGCAAGCCAUGGUGGAGAAGCCAGAGGCGGAGGUGCGCCCUGCGUUCCACGGCACAGACGUGCGGAACUACGCCUCCAUCUUCGAACGGGGGCUCCUGGUGCCUGGGGAUGCGAGCGAUAUCAAGGUCGUCCACGGCCAGGCCCAUGGCCAGGGCAUCUACACCGCCAACGUCGACGCGGCAUGGCUGUCGAAGGGCUUCUGCACCGCUCCGAGCAUGCUGGUGUGCGCCGUACUGCAGUCCGAGUCGCACGUACGCCACGUCGGCGACGCCAUGGUCGUGGCGAGGUCCGACCACGUCGUGCCGCUAUUCGAGGGCUUCGGCGGCUCGUUCGCCGCCCCGACGCCCCAAGCCCGUCCGACGCUCCCCGGGCAGAGGCCGACGCCGGCGGGCGGCGGGGCGAAGCCGUCGGGCGGCGCCACGGCUCCGGGGCCUGCGAGGGUUCCGGGCAAGCCCGGCAAGACCGAAGCGCCGAGCAAGGACAGGAAGGCCAAGUUCGUGGCCCGCCUCGCGAGCAGGUCACAGCGGCACUGA